AUCGUUGACAUGAUAAUUAUUAUCCACUAGUUAUGUAGACUUUUCAAAAUUCUGCUAACGAAUUAAUCCUCUAGUCUAUAGAUGAAAACCGCCGGAGCGCCGCCGCAUAGAGGUGGUUCAUCUUCCUCCGCCGCUUACUUUUACGGGUCUUCAUCAUCUUCCUCCGCUAGCUGUAGAGUUCUCGUUGUGAAGAUGGGAGGGAAAAGCAAGAACCAUCAAUCUACCUCUUCUAAGGAUUCAGAUCCAGAACCACCAAGAAUCAAAUCGAAUGUGAAGCAUAACUUGCAGCUUCUCAAGUUAUGGAAGGAGUUUCAGAACAGAGGAUCUGGCACGGCUAAGCCAGCAACUAGUUACAGGAAAAAGAAAGCAGAAAAAGACGAGUUACCGGAUGAUAGCGAGCUAUACCGUGAUCCUACCAAUACCCUUUACUACACGAAUCAGGGUCUGUUGGACGAUGCAGUUCCGGUUUUGCUUGUUGAUGGUUAUAAUGUGUGUGGAUAUUGGAUGAAGCUAAAAAAGCAUUUCAUGAAGGGUAGGCUUGACGUUGCUCGCCAGAAGUUAGUUGAUGAACUUGUGUCCUUCAGUAUGGUUAAAGAGGUUAAGGUAGUGGUUGUGUUUGAUGCUCUCAUGUCUGGUCUCCCUACUCACAAGGAAGACUUUGCUGGUGUUGACAUUAUUUUCUCAGGAGAAACUUGCGCUGACUCUUGGAUUGAAAAGGAGGUGGUUGCAUUGAGAGACGAUGGAUGCCCCAAAGUUUGGGUUGUAACAUCUGAUGUAUGUCAACAACAAGCAGCACAUGGAGCGGGAGCUUAUGUUUGGAGUAGCAAGGCAUUGGUUUCUGAGAUCAAAUCAAUGCAUAAGGAGGUUGAGAGAAUGAUGCUAGAAACAAGGUCAACAUCUUUCCAAGGGAGAUUGCUGAAACACAAUCUUGAUUCUGAAGUCGUCGAUGCUCUUAAAGAUCUAAGAGACAAAUUAUCAGAUAACGAAUCAAAGAGAUGACAAAGACCAAUCCGGAUUAUAUCUAGGCCCGGUCUCUCCAUUUUAACUUCUGUCCCAAGUAAGCUAAUCUGACUUAUGAAGCAGAUGUUGGCAGGAAAUGAGAGAGAGCUCAAGAGAUAUGUUGUUGUGUCUUGUAUCUGAAUUUUUUUUUUAACUAAUCUGUAGAUUCGUUUUCUUUGGUCCAAACAUUGGUUUUGAGGUGUACAGAUCAUUUGUGAAAUCAAAAUUCUGAAUUUUAUAUUAAACAAAA